GUGCAAAUAUUUUCGCCAAGAACGUUAGAGUUGAUGAUGUUGAAAUUUGUUUUGAUAAAAGGAAUGUUUGUAAUUGCUGUUGUUAUUACUAUUGUUGUUACUAUUGCUGUUGUCAUUGUUGCUGCUGCUGCUACCACCGGUGUUGUAUUUGUUGCUGUGGUGGCAGUUACAAUUGCAGCUAUUAUUGCUUCGUCCUUAUAAAAAAGUGGA